AUGAACCGAUUUCUUCCUUUAUCACGCCCGACUCAAUCCGCUUCACACAAGAAUGAGAAGGAAGCGUUUUGUCAAAAGUGUUUCACUAGUGGGCAUUGGACCUAUCAGUGCACUGAGAAAAAUUCAUCAACUCAAUAUAUUAAAAGGCCAUCCUAUACGCAACGAUUGGAAAUGAUGAGAAAAGGAAUUCCUUUUCAUGAUGAUGACAACUUUUUGGAUUCGGAAUUAAAACCUAAAGUCAUUGAAGACGAGGAUGCCAUAUGGACCAAUAGUGAUAGUGAUAGUUAUUUAAAUCCAAAUGGAUCAGGCGGUGAUUCAUCUUCUAGUAGCAGCAGCAGCACGAGUAGUUAUAGCAGCGGAAGUGAUGCAGCCAAAAAGAAGAAGAAGAAGAGGAAAAUUACAAAAAAGAGAAAGAGAAGAGCAUCGACAAGUAGCAGCAGCAGUGGUAGCUCAUCGGAGUCAUCUUCUGAAGAGGAGGAGCCAUCAAAAGAACACAAAGUAGAAAAUGAAGCCUUACUUGAAUACAGAAAGAGAUUAAAACAAGAAUUAGAACGACAAUUGCAACAACAUAAGGAAGAAGAGGAAUCUGCAUCGAAACAAUCAACAGCUCAAUCUUCUGAAACUAGCAAGCUGAAUAAGAAUGAAGAAUCAUCAUCAACAUCUGGAAGACGUCUCGGAUCGUCAACAUCCGAUUCCUCAAGAUUGCAAGGUACCACUGUAUGUGCAUCUACACUAGGCGCAUCCACUGCGAAACGAGGAAUUGAGAUGGCAGCUGAACGAAUGGCUCAAGAACAACGAUUUUCUUCACAAAAUCGACGUUUUGGAAAUAAUGACAGAAGGUCCUACGAUAAACAGGGAUCUACAGAUCGAUCUGUGAAUGAGGAUCGUGCAGAAUCAUCUCAAAGAUCAGCUCCACCUCCAAGAACCUAUCAGUCCAACAGAUACGGAAGAGUCAAAGAUGAUACCAAAUAG